AUGAGUAUAUGCUCCUUAUUGUUUCUCUUGAUACUUGCAAGUUGCAUUUUCAGUAAAAGGGUAAUCGAUGCUAAAUCUUUUAAACGUGAUCACAAUAUCGGCACUGUUUUAUUUGAGAGAAAUGAUUAUGGAAAGCAAUGCUGGACCAGUGAAGAAUUUGCCAUUCUUAAUAGUCGGAGGAUGUUUCAAGAUAUUUUGCCCCAGGUGAAAGUUAUCGAUUCCCAAAACGAUCAGUACAUAGCGCAUCUCAUGGAUUAUUUUCACAUAUGUCUCGAGAGUGUGCAGAAGCUGUCUGUUGGCAAAACGAAGCAUCUAAUGUUGAAAGCUCUGGCAGAUACUCUUGGCGGUUACUUGCGGGUUUACAUCCUGCCUAUCACAAGACGCUCGUAUUACGCAGGGAAUAUCAAGUAUCGUAACGCGAAGAUGCUGUUUGAGCUCUUCGAUGAGCUGAAGAUCUUCCUUCGGACGAACGGGGCUGGUUGGUCGAAGCCUAGUCAGGACGUUGAAAAUAUCAAGAUUCCUCCCAUCGUAAUUACACCACCGAAAACAUCGAUUGCUUGUAACGGGCUUAUUACAUAUUCGACGCAUUAUAAUAACGAAGUUGCGACGAACAAUGUCAUCAUACCACUUCCGUUUCUCGAUAACGAAAUUGAUCCUAACAGCAUUGCGCUGCCCUUUAAAAUUGACAGCCUGCAAUCUUUGUAUUCGGAAAAGUCAGCUUUCGUUCUCGUAAAGUACUACAUUGCCAGCGUGAAGUGUAUUAUGUCACGAUCGAGCACGAGAACACAAUUACAAAGAUUCAACAAAGACUUCCACACUUGGUUGCAACAAUCCGUACGUCGACACCUGGAUGACGAAAAGUGGUAUCCGGCAUUCGGGGGUGUUCUCAGAGUAAUGGCCACCUUGCGGGAAUCGGGUAUAGGAAAUGGAAUUAUGAAGAGCAAAACAAGUGGAACUUAUCAAGUUAUGCCCAAAGUAGAUGUGGAAGGUGCGCAUCAGAUGGAAAAGAUACUUUACAAAGGAAAGGAACAACGCAACGACAAAAUGACACUUAACGCUACGGAGAUCGUGAUUAUAGCGAUAGUAUGUGCAUUGCUAGUAUGGUUACUGGUGGGUUUAAGCUUGGUGUGCUACAGAUUCCUUACCAAGUCAUCCGAGGAAUGUUCACCCUGCGAAUCAAAAACUACUCCAUUCGCGGUUCUAUAUGAGAAUACGGAUUAUUGCCAGCCGGAUACGUGCUCCUCGAAAUCAUUGCAGAAGAAUGUGCUUGAAAAAUUGAAAGAAUGGUGGAGAAAUAGGUUUGGACGAUGCCCAGGGGGAUGCCAGGAGCAUAUGGAUGAGGAGCGUUGCUUAGCCGCAAUCAGUUACAACAGCAAAGACAGCAUUAAUAACAGCGGCAGAAUUUAUCCGCGAAAGAAAUACACUAAAUCAACUUCCGCUUCGCCAUCGGGAACAUCUCGAGGUCGUACACCUUACAAACACAGUGUUUGCUAUAGUUCCGAAGGAUCGACCACCUACUCCGAUAGUCCCGCCAAGCCAAGAUAACAGUUGCAUUAAUUUCAAGUUUUGUAUUCAGAUACAAAAUAUAAAGGAAUCGCACUUGUUUUAAG